AUGAGAAGACAAGGAACAUUAUAUCUAGAGCAAUCACUAAAUGCAAACCCACACACUGCAAUUACAUCUCCAGGACAAAAGUCAAAUGAUGAAACUCCAACCUCAGUAAUAACUCGAUGCAUGGGCUGUGAGAAUACAGAAACUGAUAUUCGGAAAAAAGAAACAACUCUGAUCCAGAAAAGUCAAGAUAGUACAUUUAAAACAGAGUUGAAGAAUUAG